GGGACACAGUCAUGCUCCGCAGUUAGCCUGCAACGCCUCACUUUCACUCUCGUCUUCGUCUCGACAAGCAGAUCGGCCAGAGUACACUUUUCUCCGGAGAAGUACUACCAGCACCAUGAAGCUCUUCGCACCCCUCGUUGUCGGCGCCAUCGCCUUCCUCUCAUCGCAGGUCGAUGCCAAUGGUGUCUGCUACGACCCCAAUCACGGCACGGGCAUGGACGCCUCGUCGGUGCAGGCCGACAUGAAGACCAUUGCCAGCCAUGGUUUCGACAGCGUGCGAACUUUCAUCUCCAAGUUUGGUAACACGGAAAUGGGUCCCAUCAUUGCCGCUGCCGGUCUCAAGGCCAUGCUGGGUGUUCCUUACCCGCAGAGCGACUACCGGGAGCAGAUGGCUGCCGCCAUCAAGGCUGCGCAGGCCGGCGGUGUGUACGCCGUCAUGGUCGGAAACGAGAACCUGGCUGGAGCUACCAGCGUCCCCAGCGACAUGAUCGAUGUCAUCAAGCAGAUCAAGUCGCAAGUACCCGAAGGUGUGAUGGUCUGCACGGUGCAGCGCAACACGGAGGUGAUCCAACACGAAACCGUGUCGGGCUGGCAGGACCUCGUGAACAACUGUGACUGUAUCGGCGUGAAUGCUCACCCGUACUUCACCGCCGGCACAACGGCAGACACCGCCAUUCAGGUGCUGGACAACCAAUGGCAAACCAUGGUUAGCACCUACGGUAGCAAGCUGAUCCUGACCGAGACGGGCUGGCCUUCGGCUGGCUCCCUCAUGGGCAACGUCGGCAGCGUGGCUGGCGCCGAGACGUUCUACAACGCGUAUCAGCAGUGGAGCAGCUCGAUGAGCAAGAAGUUCUACUUCCAGUUCUUCGACACACCGUACAGAACCGAGCAGUACGAGCAGAACUUCGGUUUGGUGACGUACGACUCGCAGGACAAGUUCAGCAUGUCGGUGCAGGCGUCGGUCUCGAUCGGUCAGCAGUCUAACGAACAGUCCAACCAGCAGCCCACCCAGGGGCAGCAACCACCUUCCACAGAGGCCCCUACCACUCAGCAGCAAACACCCUCCACAGAGGCCCCUACCACUCAACAGGAGACUCCUGCUACCCAGGCCCCCACGCAGGCCCCGACUGAAGCUCCCACGCCGGCACCUACGGAGGCCCCUACGCAGCCGCCGACGGAAGCGCCAACUCAACCUCCUACGGAAGCCCCCACCCAACCUCCGACGCAGGAGCCCCCUACGGCGGCACCCACCCCGGAGACUACCCCGGUGCCUACGGAGACACCAGCGAUCUUCCAGAACUCGGGUUCGGCUGACUACAACACCACCACCUCGGGCUCAACCGAGUCCACCUCGGUGUCGGGCAGCGGUGACGAAGUUGGCAGCUCGACCUCCAAGGCUGCUUCGGAGUCCUCGGACAACGAGCAGCACCAGCAGACUGGCACGACGGGCGUGCAGAACUCGGAUCAAACCACGCAGCAGACCACCCAGGAUACUACCCCCACCGGUACCAACUCGCAGCCUCAGCAGCAGGACAACGUGCAGCAGGCUAACACUCAGAGCGGCGAAGGCAGCUCUGCGGCACCCGUGAUCCUCGCUAUUGCUGCUGCUGCCUGCGUUGCUCUGGUGGCCUUCGGUUUCAUCUACCAGACUCGCAAGCGCGCCGCGGAGCUGGAGGUGGCCGAGGGCAAGCACGACGGCUUCUCGGUCACACCCAUGCAGAACCACUGCGCUCUCUAAGUUCACUCUGAGACUUUUUAAGCACCAGGGACACCGAUAUCAAGUUUUGUUUAAGCCCUGGCUUUUGCCCUCUUCAAUGGAAAAUGGCUAUGAAGCUUCAUACCACUCGUUAUUAGUCAUGUACGUGUAGUGUUGAUCUUCUGUUUUCACUUUAGAGAUCGCUGGCUCGUCAUGUAUUG